CAAACCUUUUGCUUGGUUAGCCAGUUAGGUUCCAGAGACCGGACUUGUAACUGUCACACGUGUGGACCUUGUCUCUCUGUUCCAACCUGUUCUUUUUUCUUCUUUUUUUUCAUAUAAAGCUUUCAGAACCAAAAACCACGCAUCACUCACAGAGAAUUUCCAGUGUCCUUUUUUUUAAAGAAAAAAAAAUUAUCUGUUCUUGCUUUGGAGAUGCCUGGAAGUAUAGAACCUUUAGAUUUGUGUAAUGUUCAAGUUCCGUACUAUUUCAGGUGCCCAAUCUCACUCGAAUUAAUGCGUGACCCGGUAACUGUUAGCACCGGCCAGACCUAUGACCGAACCAGUAUCGAGUCAUGGGCUGCUACCGGCAACACCACUUGUCCGGUCACACGAGCACCGCUCUCGGAUUUCACUCUCAUCCCUAACCAUACACUUCGCCGGCUUAUACAAGAUUGGUGCGUUGCGAACCGGGCUUUUGGUAUUGAACGAAUUCCCACGCCUAAACAACCGGCUGAACCGGGUAUGGUUAGGUCGUUGUUGAACCAGGCUUCAACGGUUUCGAAUCCGUUUUCGGUUCGUCAUUCUGCUUUGGUUCGACUCAAGGGGUUGGCUCGGGAGUCGGAGAAGAAUCGGAACGUGAUUUGUUCUCAUGAGGCUAGGGAGAUACUGAUGAGGAUUUUGUUUUCCGAUGUGAGUUCCGGUUCGUCGGAGUUGAGCCAGGAGGCGCUUGCGGUUUUGGUGAUGUUUCAACUCACUGAGUCUGAGUGCACGGGGAUCGGUUCAGAUUCGAACAGAGUGGUGUAUUUGUCGGAACUCUUGUUCCAUUCCUCGAUCGAAGUACGAGUUAACUCAGCUUCACUCAUCGAAACCGUUCUCGCCGGAAUGAGAUCAUCAGAUCUCCGAGCUGAGAUUUGCAAUGUGGAUGAAAUCUUCGCCGGCGUUACCGAUAUAUUGAAAAACCUAAGUUCGUAUCCACGCGCGUUGAGGAUCGGCGUUCGAGCUCUUUUCGCCUUGUGCUUACUGAAACAAACUAGGCACAAAGCCGUACAAGCCGGAGCGGCCGAAACGUUGAUUGACCGGUUAACUGAUCUAGACAAGUGUGAUGCCGAACGAGCCCUAGCAACGAUAGAACUCUUAUGCCGGAUCCCCUCGGGUUGCUCCGCCUUCGCCUCACACGCGCUCACUGUCCCGCUUUUGGUAAAGACGAUACUGAGGAUCUCCGACAGGGCCACGGAAUACGCCGCUGGCGCGCUGAUGGCACUCUGUUCGGAAUCGGAACAGAGUCAAAAGGACGCGGUGAGCGCGGGCGUUCUGACUCAGCUGCUGCUGCUGGUUCAAAGCGAUUGUACGGACAGGGCUAAGAGGAAAGCUCAAAUGCUGCUUAAAUUGCUUCGGGAUUCGUGGCCUGAAGAUUCCAUCGGAAAUUCGGAUGAUUUCGCUUGCAGUGAAAUCGUACCCUUUUGAAAACGAUAAGUGCUUCACCCAGAUUCUCCAUUAAAAAGACGACCAAUAUUUUUAAAUUUUUAUUAUUUUUGCUUAAAUCAAAAACCUACAAAUUUAAAACCAUAAUUUCUGGGUUUUUUUAGUGUUUAGAUCAAAGUACAUAGAGGAAGACUGUAAUUUUCAUGUAUCUAAUUUUUUGUACCUAAGAAUUUUUGUUAAAAGCAAAUCAAUAUGAACAACUUACCUCUCUUCUUCUUCCUAUCAA